AUGGAGAUCACCCACUACGUGCCCAACAAGGCUGUCAUCCAUACGAUUAGGGUUUAUGGUGGAUUCCUUGAUUACAUGUUGUUUGAAGUGAAUCAAUUCGGUAAUCUUGAACUGUACGAUCAUCUCAUGAGUGAACAAGUGGUGAGUGACAUAUAUUUGGGAAAAUUGUCUGAGUGGAUGCUUUUCGCUGCAUUUAAGAAGAAUCAUUUUAACCAGGGGAAAGGGAAACACGCCCUUCGCAUGCAUCUGUCUAAUAGUAAACACUGCAAAGACGAUAGAAUUUCAAUUCUCAGCUGCAUGGCCAUCGGAAAGAAAACCAUGGAGGGUGUUCAAAAUGAUAGACAUAAUUCUGGAGGAACCCUAACCCCAGUUAUCCAACAGGAAGCAACAACAGAUGAGAUGUACGAUGAUUUUAUGGCAGAGCUAUGCAAUGACAAUGAUAUUUUACCACUGGCAGAUGACACUUUCAGAAGCCUUUUUCAACUAGAUGAACCGUUUCCUUUGGAUCAUUUUUCUUUGGAAGUUCUUGAAAAAGGAGAAUCAGGACAAGUUCCUAUAGAUAUUCCAGCACACAACAAUGUGACCAAAGACACAACUUCCAUUAUUCAAGUGACUCCAUAUUCAUCUGAGAGAGUGAACAUUUCAAUUUCACCUAGGAUUGUAGUAUCCAAUCCAUCCACUUUCAUACGAGAAGGGCCUCCAAAAGAGCUAGCUCAGGAACAAGAAGCCAACAUGGGUGUAGCGAAUUCUAGUCUCAUCUCCAGAAACUGUCCAAAUUCAAGUUUGUCAUUGCCUCAAAACAAUCCAAACUUGUGGGUUGCGGGACCAAAUGCAUGGAAUCAUCCAAGCGUUAUGAAUAGCACAGCAGUAGGGUUAGGAACUAAUGAUCCACAAGUUCCUCAACGAGUUGAUGCUUCAUUUGGUAAUACCAUUUUCCCUUAUAUAACAGGAAACUCAAUCACUCAAUUUCAAUCACCAAGCUUCCCAGUGCUUCCUUAUGGUAGUAGCAGCAAUAUUUAUCAACAAUUUCAAAGGUCCCUUCCGUUACAAAUGAUUGGGAACAAUGCACGAGGUACAUCUGCAAUGGUACAUCGAUUUAAUCAUGGACUAUUUUGGCCUCGCCCACCCUCUCUCAGGGAUUUUGAUAGCUUCGUGCGUGCAUGGAAGGUGAACUAA